AUGUACUUGGUGAAGAACUUCUCAAAUGGUGCCUUGAAGAUAAAAGAAACAAGAGAAAACAAGGAAACAGAUUGCGUAAGGACGGUGAAAUGUUUAAUAAAUGUUGAGGCAUUUGUUCUUCGGGCUAAAGAUCUUGAAGAAGUGAUCACUCUUUUUGAUGGAUUUGUAAAGAAUCAUCCUCUUCAGUUUUCCAUUAGGAAAAAAUCUCCAUACUGGCAAGGUGUGGUGGAAACCAGCAUCCAGUUCUUCGAAGAUAUCUUUCCAUACGUAGAUAUGCAAGAUAUAGCAAACAAUGAAGAUGAUACUAUGGCUGAAAGGAGCCCAUCCUACCACGACAUCCUCAUUGAUGAUGAACAGCCGACCCAUGUAAAACAAGGCCAUGAACAACAAGCUCCUAACUCAUCAGCUCCUCCAGAUCUUGCACCAGAUCCGCAACCUGAUUCUGCACCACAAAUGGGAUGA